GGGGUGAGGGGCGGCUCCCGGUUGUCUGUGCUUAGCAGCCUCUGCUGGGACCGCGAGGUUCUUGCCCCUCGGCGUACAGCUCGGUCCUGCCUCUUAGCCCUUGAGGUGGGUGUCGGGCCCAGGACCCGACUAGGACUCAGGCCCGUGGACGUGCACGCAGGCCCUAGCGAUCCGUGACACCGCGGGACAGGGACCCGGUGCAGCUGCCAACUAGGAGCUGACCGGCACCGGUGGAGUCCGCUCCAUAAGGCCCGCUGAUCCUGGCAGGGGCCGAUCCCGCGCCAUCGCCAUAAAAAAGUCCUAAGAAGACAAGAGGUCUUUUGCUGCCACGGGCCAACGGUGUCUUUAAAAGACUUGUUUGGCAGUAUCAACUGCUAACACGCUCUCCUGUGGCCUUAUCAGCGACACACCCAGUGUCUCUCAUAAGGACUGCCAAGGACAAUGAAGGUUCUCUUAUUGAAAGAUGCCAAGGAUGAUGAGAGUGGCCAGGAUCCGUAUAUCCAGGAACUGGGAUUGUAUGGACUGGAAGCUACGCUAAUUCCCGUUCUGUCAUUUGAGUUUUUGUCUCUUCCCAGUUUGUCAGAAAAGCUGUCUCAUCCUGAAGGCUUUGGAGGACUCAUUUUCACCAGUCCCAGGGCAGUGGAAGCAGUGAAGCUCUGUCUGGAGAAGGACAAUAAAACUGAAGACUGGGAAAAGUCUCUGAAAAGCAGAUGGAAUGCCAAGUCUGUGUAUGUGGUUGGAAGUGCCACCGCUUCUCUAGUGAACAAAAUCGGCCUGGAUGCAGAAGGAGCACACAGUGGCAAUGCAGAGAAGCUUGCUGAAUAUAUUUGCUCCAGGCCAUCUUCAGCACUGCCUCUUCUCUUUCCCUGUGGAACUAUCAAAGGAGAUACUCUUCCGAAAAUGCUCAAGGACAAAGGGAUCCCCAUGGAAAGCAUGCAUGUCUAUCAGACAAUUCCACACCCUGGGAUCCAGGGGAACCUGGAGAGCUACUAUGAAAAUCAGGGUGUCCCAGCCAGCAUCACAUUUUUCAGCCCCUCUGGCCUUAAGUACAGCCUGGAGUAUAUUCAGGCGUUAUCUGGUGGCAGCUUUGAUCAGAUUAAGUUUGUAUCCAUUGGCCCCAGUACAACUCGUGCUAUGGCUGCCCAGGGCCUGCCUGUGAGCUGCACAGCGGAGAGUCCCACCCCACAAGCCCUGGCUGCAGGCAUCAGGAAAGUGCUGCAGCCGGACAGCUGCUGCUGAGGCCAUACGGGGCCAGCUCCUUCCUCGUGCAUAGUACAGCGUGUGCUGCCUCUAGGAUAGAGCCCCGAAUCAGGGCUCUGGAGAAACUGCUGGCAGCAUAUCACUGUCUUCGUGGAGUCCAGCUUGGAACCCAGGCCAGGUGUAACUGGCCAUUGGACCCCGGGGGAGCUUCCAGAGCAUUGAAAAAAGGAAAUGAAAUCAUCCACAUGGUUACUUGUGCGUGCAGCCCACUUUCCUUUUAAUUCUUUUUUAUGUACAUGGGGGGGGGGGUCUUGUCUGUAUGUUUCUGUGCCAUGUGCAUGCCUGGUGCCUGCAGAAGCAAGGAGAGGGUGUCAGAUCCCCGAGAACUGGAGUUAGAGACAGCUGUCCAUCCCCAUGGGGGUACUGGGAAUUGAACCCAGAUCCUCUUAGAGAACAAGUGCUUUCAAUCACUGACCAUCACUCCAGCCCAAUAUUAUCAUGUGUGGUUCUUGGUGCAAAGCUAUGUUCGGGGCAACAUACAUGGUCUUUCUCUGAUGCUGGUUAAGAAUGAUAAAUUGCUAUUUGUGAAAUGUUUAUUCAUUAUACAAAAACAAAAUAAACGACUGA